AUGACCAUACUUUCGCUUUCAGUGGACCCGUCGGUGGUGAUUUUCAGCACAAGCAUGAGCAACGCGCUAGGUGAUCCGCUGAGCACAAUUGACGACGUGUCACCCAGUCCUGGACCCGAGUCUACGCCUGUGCCAGAGAUAUCUAUCCAGCCCGACGAGGACGAUGACGACGAAGAAUUUGUAUAUCCUGGAGAGCCAGAGCCAGCAACAGAGCCAGCACCAGUGCCAAAGGUCACGCCUCAGCCCCCUGUAGACGACCCACUGAGUGCUCAGAGCGAGGCGGCUCCGCUCACACUUGCCAUUCCUGCACCCGCCGAGUCUCAACCCAGUCCACAGCCAACAAGCGCCCAGCUCGACGCGAUAUACAAUGCAGCAGCAGCUGGCUCGCUCCUCGAAAUGCAAAGUCUCUUUGCAGACACGCGUGUUCCAGCCUUUGCACUUGCCAAUGACGCAGCACCUAGAACAGGUCUCACCGCUUUGCAUGCCGCUGCGAGCAGAGGCAAAGUGGCAGUAGUUCGAUGGUUGAUCGAGGAAUGUGGUGCAAUGUCGGAUCUGGAAGAUAAAGAGGGAGAGACAUCUCUACACAAGGCUGCGUUGAACGGGCAUCUCUCCGUGGUCACUUAUCUUCUCGGUCCUGAGGCAAAGGCAGACGUACAUGCACAAGACGCGGAUGGAUGGACAGCGUUGCACAAUGCUUGCUCUAAGGGUUAUCUUGACAUUGUUCGUUAUCUGUGCGAGUCUGCUGGUGCCGCAGAUCAACUCGAGUCCCCCGACCAGCGUACGAUACGUGGCGUUGACAUCAAAAGUAAAGGAGGAUGGACCCCAUUAAUGAAUGCUGCUUCCAAGGGACAUCUCCCCGUAGUCUUGUAUUUGUUAACUAAGCAAGCUGCGGACCCAAUGAUUCGUAACAACUGGGGUGAAACUGCGUACGAUAUUGCUGCUGCUGUUUUUGAAGUCUGGAUUUGCGAGGUUCUACAAAAAGCUGAAGCCGAUCGCUGGCAAGGCUCCCAAACGACAUACAACCCCCUUGGUGUUCAUACUACUGUUCCUUUAAUUCUAUACGAACAACAACGACUUGACGUCAGACUUAAAACACUCGCUAGAUCUGGUGGGAGGCCCAAGUUCUCAGCUUCAGGACUAGGGAAACGCGGAAGACGGAAUGCAUUCGAACUCUCGAUUCCCGUCGGAUUACAAGUAGCCCCAAAUCCUUCCGCUCUGGCUGAUAACCGUACACCACCGCCUACUCCUGGUGGAAGUACUGGCGGGAUAAGGAGCAGGAGCGGAUCGAUUGCCAGUGCAUCUGGAACCUCACCUGGCUAUGUGGCCGCCUGGAGGAGCGACGUUGUUCUACCAACUCUGGAGCAACCAUUCACACUUCCUGCACCUGUGCCAUCACAAGGACGUGCACGUGAGGGCGUAGAACGGAGUCACUUUUGGCUUUCGGACUGGACACUCGAUCUCACCCAUCCCCGCGCGAAUGCCUCGGAAGGCUGGCAGUACGCCCAGUCAUUCGAUGAGUCUGACGAUAAAUGGACAUCUGACCCGCCCUCUGGGCUCGAAAAGCUGCUUCAAGGCCAGUCUGGGCUCAGUGGCCCUGCUCUAGGGGUCCUGCUACAAAAUGGGUUAGACGUCGGCGCUGGUGGAAUGUAUUGGGUUGGCGCAGAUGGGGGUUUGGUUCCCGUUAGUGACGAGGAUCAGGAUAGAAAAAAACAAGCGGAGACGCUCGUUUCAGAGUACAGUCGCGAAUUGGAGAAAACCCGCUCUGCGGCUGCUUCUGCCGGUUACACGCUCUCUGCUGACGAUACGCAAGACGUCCCGGACGAUGACUCUUCCGACGAGAGUUUCCACUACCCAGGAUCACCUACCUCGACAGCCCGUGCUCCCUCUAUCAUCACUCAACCCAACGACUACUUUACCCAAUCGCGUCGUCCUUCUGCAGCCGCACCUCACGAUUUGACUCCCCAGCUCUCCCAAGCCCCCGAAUUCCGCGUCCCGACGCACGAGGCGCCGCAAAAGGUGCUCACCCCGCACUGGACGCCUCCAACGCCGCAUUCGAUUCAGACACGGUGGGAGCCGGACGAUACAGUUUCAGAGUGCAGAGCGUGCAGAAGGAAAUUUACAUGGCUGCUUCGUAAACACCACUGUCGCCGAUGUGGCCAAAUCUUCUGCGACCGCUGUUCUUCCCGACGGGCGGUCCUUGACCCGUCCGAUGUAGUCCUGGAGCCAUCUGUAGCCGAACACCAAUCCAACUAUCCCGGUUCGUCGUCUACUCAUCGUGUGUGCGAGUCAUGCUACGAUGCGACGACUGCGAGUGUGGGCAUUCCGAGAUCGUUGAGAACCCCUGAGCGAAUUGUGGUCGAUACGCAGAGUUUACUUGUGCCCAGGCGUAUGAGGAGUCAGGAGAGUUCGCAGAUUAGCGAUUUGGCAGAUUGUCCGGUGUGCAACCAAAACUUAUCAGAUCUAGGUUCUGCUGCUGUACAAGAGGACCACGUCCGUAUGUGCCUCGAGGGGGGUCGUUCAGGACCAGCGAGCCAAACUGCGGCACGGUACUUGGUGUACAAGCUCCCAGCCGAGAGCGCGCUAAUCGGUACAGAAUGUGUGAUUUGUUUGGAAGAAUUCUUAAAAGGAUCUCUUGUUGCGCGGCUGAGUUGUUUGUGUACGUUCCAUAAUGACUGUCUUGCGUCGUGGCUCCAGCGUGGAAGGAGCUGCCCCGUACAUGCUCGAGACGCCUGA